AAAAGAAAAAUUAGAUAGUGGAAUUUCCAUUAACUACGUGGCAUUCUUAAGCUUCUCCGUCGCCGUCGCAGCUGCUCGACCAGUUUCAGGCAUUCUUUCUCCAACAAACAAACUGAAAUGGUCGAAUUCUUAUACUGAAAAUAUAAAUCAGAAAUUAUUUUCUUCAUAUUCCAGACACAAACAGAUCGCUCUUAAGGAUUCCAAAAACAAACAACUAUUUUGAUUAGUACUAGGAGAAAACUACGUCGAUGAGUUCUGAUGCUGCCACGGUGGAGGAUGGGUUGCGCAAGCCCUUAUUGCACACGGGAAGCUGGUAUCGCAUGGCGGGAAUGGGCUCUCGCCAGUCCAGCAUUAUGGGCUCUUCUGCCCAGAUCAUCCGGGAGUCUAUCUCCAUUUUUCUCUGCGUCUUCAUUGUCGCCCUAGGCCCGAUCCAAUUUGGCUUCACAUGUGGAUACUCUAAUCCUACGCAAUCAGAGAUCAUUAACGAUCUUGGACUUACCAUUUCCGAGUUUUCAAUAUUUGGUUCAUUAGCAAAUGUGGGUGCAAUGGUUGGUGCAGUAGCAAGUGGCCAGAUUGCGGAAUACAUUGGACGAAAAGGGUCACUGAUGAUCGCUUCAAUUCCAAAUAUAAUUGGAUGGCUAGCAAUUUCAUUUGCAAAAGACUCGUCAUUUUUAUACAUGGGAAGGUUGUUGGAAGGAUUUGGCGUUGGCAUAAUAUCUUACACGGUGCCUGUAUACAUUGCUGAGAUAGCACCUCAAAACCUAAGAGGGAGCCUUGGAUCUGUUAAUCAGCUUUCAGUAACAAUUGGAAUAAUGCUGGCAUAUCUAUUGGGACUUUUUCUACCUUGGAGAGUGCUUGCAGUUUUAGGAAUUUUGCCAUGCACAGUCUUGAUCCCUGGUCUUUUUUUCAUACCAGAAUCUCCUCGUUGGUUGGCCAAAAUGGGCCUGAAUGAAGACUUCGAAACUUCCCUGCAAGUUUUACGGGGAUUUGAUACAGACAUCUCAAUUGAAGUAAAUGAGAUUAAGAGAUCUGUGGCAUCGUCAACCAAAAGAACUGCUAUCCGAUUUUCUGAGCUUAAGAGAAGAAGAUAUUUGUAUCCUUUGAUGGUAGGAAUUGGACUACUUGUACUUCAGCAACUCAGCGGCAUCAAUGGCGUUCUGUUCUAUUCAAGUAACAUAUUUAAAUCUGCAGGGAUUGCAUCCAGUAAAGCUGCAACAUUUGGUCUUGGGGCUAUUCAGGUUAUUGUCACUGGGAUUACAACAACUUUGGUGGACAGAAUGGGCCGCAGGGUUCUUCUGAUAGUAUCCUCAUCUCUAAUGAGUGCUAGUAGCCUCCUUGUUGCAAUUGCAUUCUAUUUGGGGGAUAUUUUAUCAGAACAUACUCGCUUUGCCUUGGGAAUAUUGUCACUCAUUGGGCUUGUGGUAUUGGUGAUUGGUUUCUCUAUAGGACUUGGAGCUAUACCAUGGGUUAUAAUGUCAGAGAUACUUCCUGUAAACAUUAAAAGUCUUGCUGGCAGUGUAGCAACACUGGCCAAUUGGUUGACAGCAUGGGUGGUUACAAUGACAGCAAAUUUGCUUUUCACUUGGAGCAAAGGAGGAACUUUUCUCAUCUAUUCAAUAGCAUCAAUAUUUACAGUAGCAUUCGUGAAGCUUUGGGUUCCAGAAACCAAGGGAAGAACAUUGGAAGAAAUUCAAUAUUCCUUUAGAUGAUACAGUUUGCAAGAGCACAGGUGUUCUCAAAUUUGGUUUCAUGAUAAUAUUUUUAGUGAAUACUUUUGCUUUCCUCAGUAUUUCUUUGCAUUUAUCUUUUGAAUAUAGGAGGUUGGUUUAUUUUGUAAAAGUCAAUCGAGUGGUUUGUGCUGUUCUGUUUGACAGCAGCGUACUCCUAAAAAAAUGUUUUUUUCACACACGAUUAUUACAUUUCUUGUUCAAUAAGAGUGUUGAGAUCAAGAACGA